UUGAUAUCGCAAAGUAGGCGACGAAAGUUGUAUAUGAUAGGCUAGGAAGUGUAGGUUUUUAAAAAAUGGCCGCUUUCUUUCCUGAUCGAUCCGCCAUGGAGGUCGCAGACAUGCCCGCGAUCCCAUUGGUUCCGGACCAUGAAAUUAAAAAAAAAUUGAUAAAACUAACCCAUGCACACUUCACUUCCAUGGGGCGGUGGUCGCCUUUCGAUCCCGCAGAUCCGUUUAAGUCUUCGGUAGACUGAGAUAGGACGGAUUGUUAUCUCAACUGGAGAGUUGGGAAUCAAUUUUUAUGUGUGACCAUUCUAGAGGUAGUUUUUCGUAGCAGGCCUAUAACCUCUCUGUGAAGUUUGGGGAGCCUGAUGGUUACAGUGAAUAAGAUUUAAAACGUUCAUGUGUCAUUUCACCAGGGCAGAUCAUGUUUUGUCUUAAACGGAAAAUAACAACUUUCGAUCGCUCAUAUUCCCAUACUGCUGGAGGCCGCUAUUUGCUUAUGAGCUGUUUUCAAUAGACUGUUCCAAAAUUGAACUUUUGGAAAUUAACCCAUGCGAGCAUGACACUAAGUCUUCAUAAUGUACAUUUGAGGUCUUGACCCGAAACUACCUGUUUUUAACAGAGUAGAUUGCAAAAUUUGCAUAUGUAUUGUCACUUGUAUGUCACUUAGCGCGUGCUGACAAGCAUGGCCGGCGGGAGCAUUUUCAUCGACUACAGUUAAUGUGGUGGUGUUACAAAACAUUCCUAGUUAUUGUUUGAGCAUAGAUUAAUUUUACUAGCUUACCACGUGUACAAUUAUUCUGUAUUGUGAUUUUUAAAGAUUUGAGGCAAAGUUGGUAAUAUGGCUCAUGUCCCCAGGGCAAACUAACGAAUCUAUACAUCCAUGUGGUUUUCAAAAAAUAAAUGUGCGAUUCCACUUCUUUCAAGGUUUACCAAGAAGUACAUGAUUCUGUGUGCGUGUUGGUUUGCACCUGAGAAGCCCAAAAUGACGACGUUCUUGAAACCAACAAUGAUGGCACUUGACAAGAUCUACAGACAGGGAAUAGUGGUUAAAGUGUCACCGACCGAAACGGCUACUGUACGUGGGCUGCUGAUGAUGGCGGUGAUGGACCUACCAGCCAAGGCCAAGGCACUGGUAAUGAAACAGUUCAAUGGGAUGUACGGAUGUAAUGAAUGUGGAGAUUCUGGCAAGAAUCCAGACGGCUCCAACAACAGUCUUCAUCGCAUAUGGCCCUACACCGCUGACAUGACGAUGAGAAGUCACCGGUCUAUCAUUGAGAAUGUCAGGGAAACACUGAGCCGAUCCAAUCCGGGAAAUGCUGUUAUGGGCAUUAUGGGGGCCAGCGUGUUCCUGAGGUACCAUGCUCUGGAUAUGUCUAAUUCUUUCCCAGUGGACUGGAUGCACGCUGUUCUCCUAGGGGUAGCAAAAACAAUGCUGGAGCUCUGGUUUUCGCCACAGACUUACGGCGAACCAUUCAACAUAUCUAAGUCUAUACCUGAUCUGAAUAAGCAGCUGCUUGCCCUGAAGGUACCUGACUGUAUCUCUCACCGACCGAGAAGUAUCACAGAAAAACAUCACUGGAAAGCCAGUGAAUUCCGAUCAUGGCUUCUGUAUUACUCCAUGCCUCUUCUGCACGAUGUCCUGCCAGCUGAGUACGUCGCCCACUACUUCCUGCUGGUGAGUGCCAUUUGGACACUGGCCAGCGAUGAUAUCACGACAGCUGACCUGACGACAGCAGGGUUGCGAUUGGAUGCAUUCUGCAAGUCAUUUGAGGAACUCUAUGGAGAGCGUCGGCAGACAAUGAACAUCCACAAACUCCGGCACCUCCAGAUGUAUGUGGAAAUGUAUGGGCCUGUAUGGACCACAAGCCUGUUUGGAUUUGAAUCGAUGAAUGGUCACCUGAAGCGGAUGGUGCAUGGUACACGCUUCAUCGUCACUCAGAUCACGUUCACGAAAUCCAUGAGCUGGGGGCUACAGCGAGUGGCAGCAGCCAUGGAAAAUAUCCAUGAGCGAAAGGGAGUUGUCAAGUUGGCCCAACGACUUACCAGUGUUGCUGAAAGACCUAACUCGACGAGACUGUGCAGUGGCUUGUAUCUCCUUGGAAACCCGAUUGACAGGCACGUACACGAGGAGCACCUGGAGGCCGUACGAACAGCAGUAGGCCAUGUGGACAACACCAUCAAGUACCCCUACUUCCAUCGUAUAGAACUCAACGGUCAAGCCAUAUACAGCCGGGAAUAUGGCAGGGAGAAGACAAGAAACAGCAGGACAGUGGAGUUCGAGGUGGAUGGAGCCGUCCACUUUGGCGAAGUUGUCACUUUCUGCAAUAUUGGUACCACUCAUCUGGCGGUGUUGCAAGAUCUCUUGCCGAUAGCAACCCCCCUCAUCGACUGUUCCGUUGUGCAGAACUUAACCAUUAAAGUCGCAUUGCAGAGACCCCUAAGUGAAAAGGUGUUCGAGGUGAGGCGAGGAGAUACGUAUAGGGCAGUUCCUAUCACGUCUCUAAGACGGAAAUGUGUCUUUAUGUCCACAGGGGUACGAACGUACAUAGGGAGAUUCCCAAAUGUAGUAGAGAAAGACUAGCGUGUAGAUUAUGCUUUAACGUCUGAACACGGCAAAAUGUUUUAUAUGCCAUUUCCCGUAAACGUCGCAUCGGUAGAGCAACAUUGUGACCGAGAAAACUGUGUGACAAAACUAACGAUGUAAGUACGUCGCAAUAAUGCGGGAAUGAGUUUUGCUUUAGGCACCUGGUGCGGGCAACAAAGCGGAAUAAGGAUCGGUGUGAAUUCGGUCUGUAAAACCUCUGCCGUGCAUGUUGCCGAAAUGUUGUUGCUAUUGUGUUUCUAGUAAGAUUUUUUUACAUAUAUGUACAUUACUAUUUCUCAGUAUGCCAGUUACAAAUGUACAAACUUCUAGUUAUUCUGUAAAUAAUGUGAUGUGACAUGCUGGUAAUUCAGGACACAGCAUAUACCAUGUGCAAACCAACUGUCAUAACGGGAACCUGGCAUAUGAAAGAGAAUGUAUAAUAUUGAAGACUGUAACGAUCGCAGAGUUGUUAUUGUAUUAAAACACUGACAAUAUAACGAUAUAUGUACCAA